UCCCGCACCCCCACCCCGCAUCCUGGCUGAGGCCGGGCGCAGCUCAUCGCACCCGGCUCGGCUUCCAGCCCGCUCGUCUCCCCCUCUCCCAUACGGACACGUGCGGGGUGGCCUCGCUGCGGCCGCUCUUUUCCUGGAAGCGAUGCGGGCUGCUCAUUUAGCUCGUUACUGCCCGGCGGAGCACCGCAGAUUAAAAAGCUCUCAGCGCUCGGCCGCCUCGGCAAUGUUAAUGCCUUCCCAGAAGCCCGCAGCCCAUAAUGAGCCCCGCUCCAGGCUGGCGUCACUGCUGCGGGCUGAGGGCACAGGAGUGGGGUCUGCGUCCCGCUAUGGCAGCGGGGUGCUGUGCGGGGGGUUCUGAGUAGGUGCUGUGCAUGGGGACCCAGCUGGGUGUGAGGGGUGAGCAUCCCAAAUGGGUGUGAGGUAUGAGCAUCCCAAAUGGGUGUGUGAUAUGGGCAUCCCAAAUGGGUUUGUGAUAUGGGCAUCCCAGCUGGGUGCAGGGAUGUGGGUUCUAAACACAGGAAUCCCAAAUGGCUGUGAGGUGUGGCCAUCUCAGCUGGGUGCAGGAUGCAAGGAUCCCAGCUGGGUGUGGGGCUGCAGGAGGACUGAUGUGAGCAGGGUGGAUGCAGAGGUGACUCCUCCAUCCCUGCCUGGCCUCGCGGCUGUGGGGCUGGGGUUGCACCAGGCUGACUGCAGCUUCCUUUGGGCUUGGGUGCGGUGCUCGAGCACUGAGAAGCCAAAGGCACAUCCGCAUGCAGCUGUGGGACGCAGCACUCAUCCUUCCUCCUGGGGUGCAGCUGAGGCCGGGAUGCUGAGCGCUCUGAGGCUGCAGGUCCUGGAAAGGAUGAGUGAAGGAGACACAGUCAGUGCCUGGAGGAUCUGCAGCUGGGCAGUGGUGGGAGCAGAGGCUGUAAUGGGCUCUGGACUGUGGCUGGGAUCGUGCCAGGAGCUACAGGGCUUUCUCCACAGCGUGGAGAAGCGUGAGGGAGUGGGGCUGGGUGUACUCAGGCUCCUCUGGCAUCAGAGCAGCUCCUUUCCAUGGCUUUGCUGGCUCCUGAAAGCCACAGGGACAUGGGGCGCUUAGAGCAGGCAUCCCAAAGCCACAGAGUGCUGGUGGAGGAAGGGGACAGGGGCUGAUGUUGGGCCAGAAGCAUUGCUGGUGCGUGAGGAUGCAGGAGGAAGCUGUGUGUCCAUCGCUGGUCCUCUGUCCCUGGGUACCAACACAGGGGCAGCAUCGCUGCGUAGGCUUGCUUGGAUUUUGGGACGAGUGGGCACCAGCUCCUGGCUGCAGCCCCACACAGCAGCACUCCAUCCCACCCACGCCCCGCUGGUGCUUUGCCAUCCAGACAAAGCCCCGUCUGCAGCAGAGCCCACCUACCUGCUGCUUAGCGGGGUCAUGUGGCUGAGGCACUUAAUUAACGAGCAGCCGAUAUAAGUUCCCGGCGAGAUGUGGGGAGGGAGGACAUCGAGGCAGAGCGACUCUGAGCGAGCCCUGCAGAGCAGUGCCUGCAGCCCCACACCGGCUGGAGGACCAUGCUGAACGCGCUGCUGCUGUGCUACGGGCUGCUGCAGGGGAUCCAGGCCAUCCUCACCUCGGACCUCAGCCACAGCCCCCUGCAGAAGAUGAGCUCCGGGCUGGAGGAGGCAGACAGAGCCCGCUACCCCAGCCUGCUGCACAAGGCCAAGGAGCUGUCAGUGGAGCUUGCUAGAGCUACUCCCAGGCCGGACUUGGAUCAGAUGGAGGUGCAAGAAGGUGAUGAUAACCUCCUGCAGAAAAGCAGCGUGCUGGAACCACAGGUAUUGUCCACAGCCCUGCAAGCUGCAGGCAGGGAGGAGCGGAGCUCCCCUCGCCGCUGCGUCCGUCUCCUGGAGUCCUGCCUGGGCCACCAGAUCCCCUGCUGUGACCCCUGUGCCACCUGCUACUGCCGGUUUUUCAACGCCUUCUGCUACUGCAGGAAGAUCAGCACCACCUUCCCAUGCGGCAAGAACUAGUGCCUGUGCCACAGGGCUGCCCACUCGUCCCCACCAGCCUCCCCCUCUGCAGCUCCAAUAAAGCAGCAGAUAGAUAGCACUGCUAUUGCUGAGUGUGGGCUGUGCUGGGCACUGGGCUCGUGCUCUUGGGAACAAGGGGAUGCAGGACAUCCUUCCUGCCCAGGGAACACAUUGUGGUGCGGUUGGGACUGUGGGGGUCACUGAGUGCCACCAGCAGGGCCACCUCCAGCUGUGUUCAGCACCGUGUCAUAGAAUCACAGCACGGUUGGGUUGGAAGGGACCUCAAAGCCCACCCAGCCCCAAAUCCUGCUAUGGGCUGCCUACCCCUCAGCUUGGGCUGCCCAAUGCCCAUCCAUG